AUGUUUCCAAUAAGAUUUAUUCGUUCAUAUACAACUGGAAAAACUCGUGAAAUAAUUAAAUUUUAUUAUGAUUUUAAAUCACCGUUUACUUAUUUAGCAUUAGAACCAGGACUUCAAUUAGAAAAAGAAUAUCCUAUUCAAUUACGUUUUAUUCCAUGGUCAUUUCGUAUUGAAGAAUCUUUUGGUGGAAAUCUUCAACAACGAAGUAAACGUAAUUGGAAUAAAAUUCGAUAUGGAUAUUUAGAUUGUCGACGUUUUGCUAAUGAACGUGGUCUGAUUAUUCGUGGACCUCAACGUAUAUUUGAUUCACGUCUUUCAUUAAUGGGUGGUUUAUAUGCUGAUAAACAUAAUUUUUUUCGUCCAUAUGCUUAUCGUACAUUUGAACUUUUUUUUAAACGUGAAUUAAAUAUUGAAAAUAUUGAUGAAAUUCUUAAAGUUCUUUAUGAAACAUCAAAUGAAAAUGUAUCAUUUGAAAAAUUUUCUCAAGAUUUUCAAACCUAUACUAAUAAUCAAGGUCAACAAGAUUAUUUAAAUGCACAAAAUGAAGCUAAUCAAGAUAAUAUAUUUGGUGUACCAACAUUUAUUGUACGUGAUGAACCAUUUUUUGGAAAUGAUAGAAUUUCAUGGUUAAAAAAGAGAUUAGAUUCAUUUAAAUUACAUGACCAAUAA